AUGGCCCAGUCGCCGCCGCCUCCCCUGCACAACGGGGACCCCUGGAUCCUCCCGCCGGCGGGCUGGAGCUGGGACUCGUCCAUCUCGCCGGCCUCUUCGUCCUCCGACUCGUCGUCGGGCUCGGACGGGGCCGCCCGCCGCUCUAAGCCAGCCGCCUCCGCCCAGGCCGCCCCGACGGCCCCGGCUCGUGCGCAGGCGCGGAGCGGUCCCCGGCAGAGCGCCAGCGAGCGCGAGAAACUACGCAUGCGCACCCUGGCCCGCGCGCUACUGCGCCUGCGCCGCUUCCUGCCACCCUCGGUGGCCCCGGCCGGGCAGAGUCUCACCAAGAUCCAGACGCUGCGCCUGGCAUCGCGCUACAUCGGGCACCUCUCGGACGUGCUGGGCCUCAGUCUCCACCCGCAGCAGCAGGAGCGGAGGCGGCAGCAGCAGCAGCAGCAGCUGAGACGGAGGCCCAGCCCUGGGGCCUGCCCAUGCCCUCUGUGCCCCGACGGUGGUGGCCCCAUGCACCUCCAGGCCCUGCACCCCCAGGUCCCCCUGACAGCAUCCUGGGGGUCCCCGCCUGCAGGCCCCGGAGCCCUGGCACCGCCCGAAGGCUUGGGGUGCAAGGUCCCUGAUGACAGGAGCCCCUGGGAGACACCCCCCUAUGGCCCCAGGGUGCAGGCACCCCAGGAUCUGGUCACCCCCGAAGCUGCCACCCUUUGGACACUGCCCCGAGUGUGCCCAGGGUCACAGACAUCCCCUGAGCUCGGGAUUCCUAGUGAGGACACCCCCUGGACGACACCCCCCGAGGCCCUGGAGCUGGCUUCUAUGUAUCAGGACAUCUCUGUAUCCCCAGAACUCUCUCUGCUGCCUGUGACGCCUCCCCCGAGACCCCACCCUGCAUGCCAGAGCCUCCAGCUGCCUCCCCAGUGGCACUUCUGGGACCUCCGAACCGAGCCCCUCACCAGCUCUGGGGACCAGGAGCCUGGUCCCUUGUUCCCACUCGGGGACCCAAGCCCAGCCCGGAACUCUGGCCUGCGGCUCAGUGGCAGCCCUGAACUCUGGUCUGAAGAUUUGGAGGGGACCCAGCUGGGUGUCUUCUACUGAGAGUCAAACGAGGCUCAAAGUGGGGAUGACCUCUCAUCGGCAGUUGACAUGCCUUUGGCCAGGUCCCCUUUGUUCAACUGUGAUCAGCUUUGGAGGCAGUGGGGGAGCUAGAAUGCCCCCCUGUGCGGACUCGGCUGUGCUGCAGGAAGAUUCUGGGCUUCCAAAAGGAGACUUGGGGUGGGGAGUGCCAACAACCCUGUUCAUUGACAACCCUGUGUCCAGAAGCUUCUAUGCUUCCAUUUUUUAUUUACUGAAAAACAAAGCAAAACAACAGAA